UCCCUGGGCGCAGGCGCUGUGGGUUCCGCUGAGACCUUCGUUGAGAAGUUCGUGAAGUCCUCUCUCUUUCGCCUCUCGGCGGCUUCGGAAGGGUCGCGUCGCUGCGGAGAUGAAGCGCACCGUGUCGCGCAGUACGUUGAAGGGUCUGGUGAGGCGGCACAAGCCCCACCUGCGGAUGACGGCCAACAUCGACCUGCUGGUACAUUUGAACUUUUUAUUGUUUCUGCAUCGAUUAGCUGAAGAAACCCGAACCAAGGCUAUUGCAGACAAGAGCAAAAUAAUUAAAUAUGAACAUGUUCUGACUUCAGCAAAGAUAAUUUUAAAGAAGAGUCGAGGCUAAAAUGAACUGUACUCCUUCAUUUCUUGGUUGAUAUGCAUGUAGUGACUCAUUUUUCAAAUGAUACAUUUGCAUCAAUAAUCUGUACACAUCCUAAGAGUUUUGAAUCUCCUCAUAUGAGAAAUGUUUAAUUUUGCUUCCAUGAUCCAUUUUUUCAUAGUUCUUUAGUGGGAGCUUACUAUGUGUUUUUGGUUACCUCUAAUAUAUUAGCAGUGACAAGUGAUACAAAUAGAGAUUUUAACCAUAGUUAGAUAAUGAUGCCUUUCUUAUAAUAAACAUUUAAGCAGAAGUUAUGCAUCUUACAAAACGUCUUUUUUGGAAAAAGAAUAUUUAUCUUCCAAGAGUGUAUUUAUCAACAGCGAGUGCUGUAAAUUUUCAGGUUUUCAGUUGUUUAUUAACUUUUUAUACUUCAAGUAACAUCUCAAAGUAAUAAUAUAUUGCUGUUAGCUAAUGUUUGAUUUAGGGAAUUUAUAAUAGGGUCAUGUAUGUGCUGUAAACAGAAUAUUAACAUUAAAGUUUCAGAAACCUUGUAAAAUUACAUGUAGCAAUAAAGCUGUUCCUGCCUUCCUUUUUACUUACUAAUUUCUUUGUUCAUUGUAUAUUAAAAGAAGAAAGGAGGUUUUUAAUUUGGAGGUGAAAAUGAAUUGCAAAGCUCAAUUACAACAGCAGUUCUUAGGAAAGAGCAGGCACUGGUGCAUUCCGUCUCUUCCAUCACCAAAACAAUUCCUGGCAAUGCAGAUGGCUAAAGGAAUGGAAAACCAUGAAGUGGUUCCCCCCCCCCGUCCGCCUCCUGUUGCUUUUUUGGAAGAAAGGGGAAGGCUGUCAUCCUUCUUCUGUUAAACAGGAAAAAUAGAGAAACUGGAAGCAUUUGGGCCGUGUGCUUAUGGCUUUCCUUUCCACAACUAACGCCAUUCAAGUACACCAACCGCAGACUUCUACCUUCAGUCUGGUUAUUCUUAUUAGGAAUGCUGUUCUAAGCCAAUACAAAGUACAAAUCCUUCUGAAGAAUAGGAAAAUUGCAGUCAUGAAGAAGUAUUGUUAGCAGUUUUGAUCAAUGAGAGGUACACAACUUUCUAUGGUUUUCUGUGUAAGUUGGUUCUCUUGGUAAACUUUUGCAGUGAUUCAUGUACUUCCAGAUAUGAAAAAGGAUAUGAAUUUCAUCCUUUAUUUUAAUGGUGACUUCUUUGUUACUUUUAAAAUUUAUUUUAAUAAAAUAUAAAAAUAUA